AUGCGGCAAGAGAAGACCUCAAAAAUUGUUGCCAACCACUACAUCAUCGAUCAAAAGCCGUACUGUGAACUGGUCCACAAUGCGGGCAAUGCCAAGAUUUGGGUUUGGACCGCCUUGGAUUUCGCAGAUGAGGAGCAAAAGAUGGAGAAGUUUGCCCUUCGAUUCAAGACCGAGGAGCUGGCUGAGGAGUUUGCGGUGGCCUUCUUGGCGGCCAAGAGCGGCGACGCAGCUCCAGUUGGGGUCGACAGGCAGCCCAGUCGCAAGAAGACGAAAGGGUACAGGCCGAGGUGGCUGCUGCUCCACAGCCAGAUGGACAUCCAUUUGCUGGCCUGUCCCUGUUCGGAUCCAACUCGUCCUCAUCUGCCCUUGGUGGCUCUCCAACAGGUGCGACAGCAGGCAGCUCCACUGGGGGCUUACUGUUUGGAUCGACCACUGGAUCACUGCACGGAGCUCGGGGACUGGCUGACCCGGAUUUGGGGGGUGGGUGUGCUGGAUUGCAUGACAAUCAUUGCAGUGAGUGUCAUUGCAGUGACAAACAUUGCGGAGACUUUCGUUGCAGUGGCAAACAUUGCGGUGACUUUCAUUGCAGUGACAAACAUGGCAGUGACAAUCAUUGCAAAACGUCCCCUGUCGCAGCUGCGGGUGGCGGUUCUGGGGGUGUCGCGUGCUGGCCUUCCGCUGGCACUGCUCCUAGCAGAACGAGGGCAUCAGGUGGUUUUGGUGGAGAAGGAUGCGCCUGCUUUGGCUGCCCUACAGGCUGGAAAGUAUCCCUUCCUGGAGCCCGGGGCUGCUGAGUUGCUACAGUCAUGCCUCGAGAAGGGAUGCUUUCAGCUCUCUUCCGACAUGUCGAAGAUCAAGGGUAGUGAAGUGAUUCUGCUCACGGUCACCACUCCAGUGGAUGAACGCUUGAUCCCCAACAUGAGCCUGGUGGAGGCGGCCAUUAGCGACCUGCAGCCACAUCUGUCGGGGGGGGAAACUAUCCUACUGCGAGCGACAGUGUUUCCAGGCACCUGCGAAAUGAUUGAGCAGAAGUUGGCCAACCUGCCAGCUCUGUACCUUGGAGCCAAUGGCAGCCAGAAUGGCCACAAUGGCCAGCAUGGCCAGCAUGGCCAGCAUGGCCAGCAUGGGCAGAAUGGGCAGAAUGGGCAGCAGGGUGGCAGCAAGUUCCAACGGGAGCUGUCGGUUGGCGUGAGUUUUUGCCCUGAGCGACUUGCAUCUGGCCAAGUGGUGGAAGAGUUGAAGCAGGUGCCCCAGAUCAUCUCAGGCUCAACACCCCGGGCUUUGUCACACGCACUUGCUCUCUUCGAGCCGUUAUCAGUAGACCUAGUCGAGUUGUCGCUGUUGGAGGCAGAGGUCGCCACCCUCUUUCUGAAUGCCUGGCGGUAUGUAAGCUUUGGAACUGCAAAUCAGUUUUAUCACAUCGCAGUUUCCAAGGGCUUGGACUUUGACAAGAUCCGCUCUGCCAUCAUCCAUCGAUAUCAGAGAGCCGCGGACUUUCCCAGGUCAGGCUUCACAGCAGGUCCGCGGCUGUAUCAAGACAUGAUGCAGCUGUCGGCCUACUGCAGGCACACCUUUUCUUUGGGAAAUGCCGCCAUGCUGGUGAACGAAACCAUGCCCGAUUGCCUGGUGGAACAGGCUCGACAGAAGCUGGCAGAGUGUGGUCGCAAUUUCAAGGGCCUCAAAUGUGGUAUCCUUGGAAUGGCUUUUAAGCCUGGCUCAGAUGACUGUUCCCAUUCGUUAGCCUUCAAGUUGCGAGAGCUUCUGCUGAGAGAAGGUGCGGAGGUGAGCUGUUCCGAUGCGUGUGUUGGUGAAGCAGACUUUGUCAGUCAGGAGAAGUUGUUAGAGGCGAGCGAAGCGGUCUUCAUUGGCUGCCCCCAUGCGGAGUACAAGAACAUAUCAUUUCCAAACCAUCAGUUCCUUUUUGACUGCUGGGGCUUGGCCCGAAAACCUGAGAUCACUGUCUUCAAAGCCCAAUGUGAGAAGUUCCUUCGUGUCGCAGUGGUGGGGGGUGCUGGGCAUGUAGGCUUACCGCUGUCUUUGGUGCUGGCAGACCGGGGGCACACCGUGGUAGUUGUGGACAAGGAUGCAGCCAAGAUAGAGUCAAUUCAGGGCGGCAAAUUUCCAUUUCUGGAAGAUGGGGGUCCUGAACUACUGCUGCGAUGUUUGGACUCCAAGCAAAUCUCUUUCACGACUUCCGUGGCGGAGGUGUCCAGUUGUGAUGUCAUCAUUGUGACCAUAGGUACUCCGGUCAACGAACACCUGAAUCCCUGCUUUUCCGUGGUUCAGGCAUGUAUGGAAGAGCUCGCACCUAAUUUGCGCAAGGGACAGACGCUGCUCUUGCGGUCCACCCUCUUUCCAGGCACGUCUUCUCGAGUCUUGGCAGGACUACCACCUGGGAUCAGCGUCAGCUUCUGCCCGGAGAGGAUUGCACAGGGGAAAGCCCUGGAAGAGCUCACGGAUUUGCCACAAAUCAUCUCUGGAUCCGAUGGUGAAGCCCUAGACCAUGCCAAAGCUCUCUUUGCCCCGUUGUCCGUGGACCUGAUUGAGCUGAAUCUGCAGGAAGCAGAGGUAGCUAAGCUCUUCCUGAACUCGUGGCGCUAUGUGGCCUUUGGCAUUGCCAAUCAGUUCUAUCACAUUGCCACCUCCAAGGGCCUUAAUUUUGAUCGCCUGCGAGCGGCCAUCGUCCAUCGCUAUCCGCGGGCUGCCAGCUUCCCUCGCUCGGGCUUCACGGCAGGGCCAUGCCUCUUCAAAGAUACCAUGCAGCUGGCAGCCUAUUGUCGUCACACCUUUUCACUGGGCCAUGCAGCCAUGUUGGUGAAUGAAACCAUGCCAGAUGCCUUGGUGGAGCAGGCCAAAAGGCAGUUGGCAGGCCGCAGCCUUUCGGGGAUCUCCUGUGGGAUUCUGGGCAUGGCGUUCAAACCCAACAACGAUGAUUGGAGGGAGUCGCUGGCUUUUAAGCUUCGCAAGCUGCUUCUUUGGGAAGGUGCCUCGUUGCGGUGUACAGAUGUCUACAUGCAACGGGAAGGCUUCGUGUCUUUGCCUGAGCUUCUGGCACAUGGCAAGAUCUUAUUCCUGGGGUGCCCACAUGCAGAGUAUCAAAAUAUCAGCAUCAGAGCUGAUCAGAAGCUUUACGACUGCUGGGGCUUCUUUGCAAAGCCUAAGUUAGCCAUUAGCACGCCCUGGUCUUGAUGACCGACCUGAUCAGCUGGAAAA